GCCACAGAAAGGCUGUGAGAAGAGCGCCAUUGACAGAUUCGCCACCAACUCGACAAGAUGUCGUACUUCGCUUCGCUCUUCGGCAACGAGAUCCAGACCAAGGGCGGCGUGCUCCCGACGACGGAGGCGCUCGCCAACACCAAGGUCGUGGGCAUCUACUUCUCGGCCCACUGGUGCCCGCCCUGCCGCGCCUUCACGCCGCUUCUCUCGACCUUCUACGAGGACCUCGUCGAGGACCACGAGGACGUCGAGAUCGUCUUUGUCUCGUCCGACAAGGAAGAGGCCGGCUUUGACGAGUACUGGAGCCAGAUGACGUUCCCGGCGCUCCCGUACGCGCAGCGCGACAUCAAGGGCGAGCUCACGGAGAAGUUCAACGUCAAGUUCAUCCCGACGCUCGUCUUCGUCGACGCCGAAGGCAACGUGCUCUCGACCGAAGGCAAGAAGAUGGUCGAGUCGGCGCGCGGCAGCGUCGACUUCAUCCGCAAGGAGCUCGGCCUCUAGAUGACAGUCUCUAAUAUGAACCACUUGCAUUUACAUAGCUCA